AUGAGCAGCCGCCUGCACCAGCUGCGCCGGGUAGUGCGAGAUAUGCCGCUCGCACGCCGACUCUCGACUGCACCAGCAAAUAAGAACGUGCUUGACGAGCUCAAGAGCCGCGGGUUCAUCCAGGCCGUUACCAGCAACGACCUCACCGCCCACCUCGAUUCGCCGAGCUGUGUCUACGCCGGUGUGGACCCGUCAGCUUCGUCACUGCAUGUUGGCAACCUCCUCCCGCUUAUCGGUCUCCUGCACUUCCGCGCGCGCGGUCACCAUGCGCUCGCUCUCGUUGGCGGCGCUACUGGAUCUAUCGGCGACCCCUCGGGAAGGUCAACAGAGCGUAACGCCCUCUCGCCGGAGGAGCUCGCGCACAACGUUGCGGGAAUCACGUCCCAGGUGGAGACCUUCUUUGAGCGGGGUAUCACAUACGCUGCCAAGUGGGGCUACGACAUUGACCCCGAGGCUGCCCAGCGUGGACGCGGGUUUGACGUGGUCAACAACCAUGACUGGUUCAAGAACGUGUCGUUCCUGGACUUUUUGCGCGACGUCGGCAAGCUCGCGCGCGUCAACGCCAUGCUCGCCCGCGACAGUGUCAAGUCCCGUCUCGACUCGGAGCAGGGUAUCUCGUUCACCGAGUUUAGCUACCAGCUCUUGCAGGCGCACGACUUUGCGACGCUGUUCAAGGAGCGCGGGUGCCGUGUGCAGCUCGGAGGCUCGGACCAGUGGGGCAACAUUGUGGCUGGCAUUGACAUGAUCAAGCGUGUGCGCGCACAGGAGGCUGCAGAGGUCGCGCGCAAUGAGGCUGCCGAGGCCGCAGCUGCCGAGGCCGAGAACAAGACCAAGAAGGGCAAGAAGGGUGCCGCCAAGGUCGAGGUUGACACGCCCAAGGUCGACACUGCCAAAGCCAACCUUGCGGCUCAGAUCGACCCGGCGUUCGGUCUGACAAUGCCCCUCCUGACAACCAGCACGGGCGAGAAGUUUGGCAAGAGCGCAGGAAACGCUGUCUGGAUCGACCCAUCGCGCACCAGCAUCCCAGACUUUUACCAGUUCUUCUACCGCUCCAACGACGCCGACGUGGGCAAGUACCUCUCGCUCCUCACCCUCGUCCCACCAGAACAGAUCCGCACUGUUAUGAAGGGUCACGAGCAAGAUCCCAGGGCCCGUAGCGCCCAGCGCUUGCUCGCCGAGCAGGUGACCGAACUUGUCCAUGGUCCCGAGGGUGUGCGCCGCGCGCAAGUGUCGGCCCAGAUCCUGUAUGGCCAGGACCCGCGCAAGCUCAAGUCUGCCGACGUCCUGGCGGCCAUGGAGGGCGACAGGCGUUUCGUGCGUGUCAAGCGCCGCGACAUCAAGGGCCUCCCUGUGACCAAGCUUGCAGUCAUGCACGGUCUGGUCAACAGCCGUAACGAGGCCACUCGUCUCGUUGGCAAGAGUAACAAAUCGGGCAUGUACCUCAACGAGACGCCCGUCAACGAUCCUCGGCGCGAGAUUACGCGUUCCGACCUCAUCGACAAACAUCUUGCGAUCCUCCGUCGUGGACAGCGCGACAUGAUCGUGUUUUACGUCGAGUACGAAGACUAG